AUGUUAUUGGAUUUCCAGAAUACAUGGGUAAAAAUCAAGGUACGACGAUACGAGGAAAACUCACAGACCAGAGCCCAAAGAAAAAAACUCAAUUCAAGACCAUACAUACAUAUACGGACCGAUGGGAAAAAAAACUGUAUUCUUUCGCUAAACCCCUCCCCCCCAAAAAAAGCGCCCGCCCGCCGCCCGAAGGGAAAGCAAAAAGAUUAA